UCAUGGCAUGGUGCCCCGUCCAUGUUUGGCGAAGAAUAAGUUUGUGUAGUUUCGUCAAACUCUAGACAACGCCAGCAACUUCAGCUUAGGAGAAAGCCAAACCGUUUUUUUCAUACCUUUUCAUUUUGCUGUAGGGUUUUUCAUAUCAACGCAGCAUUAUGAGAUGUUUCAUCAAAGGCUUCUAAUUCUUCGGAGAGUCUCGCAUCUUCCGCCGGCUGGUUUCGUAUGAACCGCGUCGAGGCAGCGACGGGGGCUCGCCAGAAGAGCCGGGCUUCAGGAUGAGGGUGCCCAGAGGAGGACGCCUGUUCCUGGCGACGUGCCUCGGCUCGCUCUUUGUUCUCGUGCUGUACUUUCAGAGCAUCACCAAUGCAGAACCUGGUGUGAAGACUGACAGAAGACCAGGGAAAAGCAGGAGAAGUCCACUGCAGACCCUCUACAAUGGAGACCAGAUGCGGUCUGAACAGCUGGAGCUGUUGGCAGCUCAGAAGUCCCUCCACGGUCGCCGGGAGCUGUUGGAGCAGGCGUGUCUGAGCCACACCAGGAAGCGCCAAGUGCUUUCACCGGAAGAUCUCAAACACCUCAUUGUGGAUGAUAAACACAGCCUUAUUUACUGCUACGUGCCCAAGGUAGCCUGCACCAAUUGGAAGCGUGUCCUAAUGGUCCUCACCAGCGGCGGCCGCUACACCGACCCCCUUUCCAUCCCGGCAAAUGAGGCUCACGUGGCAGGCAACCUCCGCACACUGUCCGAGUUCUCAGUCCCCGAGAUCAACCAACGCCUUCGCAGCUACCUCAAAUUUAUCUUUGUGCGGGAGCCCUUCGAGCGCCUGGUGUCUGCCUAUCGUAACAAGUUCACCCGUAGCUACAACACUGCUUUCCACAAGCGCUACGGAACCAAGAUCAUCCGCCGGCACCGUCCCGACCCGGCGUCUGAAGCACUGGAGAAAGGGAACGACGUUUCAUUCCAGGAGUUUGUCCAGUACCUCGUGGACCCUCGGACCCAACGGGAGGAACCUUUUAACGAGCACUGGGAGCGGGUGCACGCCCUCUGCCACCCCUGCCUGAUCCACUACGAUGUAGUGGGGAAGUAUGAGACUCUGGAGCCAGAUGCACAGGCUGUGCUCAGGUUGGCUGGAGUGGAGGGGACACUUCAAUUUCCAACGUCUGGUAAAAGCACCAGGACUGAUGGCAACAUGGCAGCACGUUUUUUCAAGCAUAUCAGUCCUUUUUAUCAGAAGAAACUGUUCAACCUGUAUCGAAUGGACUUCCUGCUCUUUAACUACUCCACACCAGAGUACCUCAGGACUCGAUGAGGGGAACAGACAAUAGGAUUUACAUCAGUGCCAUGGAUGUGUGAAAGUUGUGAUGGUUUUCCUUUCACAUCCCAUUUAGACUUUUUUAUUAGUGAUGAUCAUUUUGCACUUUUUGGUUGCCAUGGGCAAUUGUCAUCGCUGCCUGGAGUGGUCCAUCACAAGCACCGACUUGUCACUUUGACACUCCAACAA